AUGCUCGUGAGCCAGCAACCAUCGCUUGCAUUGCACGUCCGCAAAAAGUACGAUCACGCGGACAAGACCAUGUUCGAGGAUGCAAACGCGUGGGUUGCCCUGGCAAAGAUCUUCACGGACGUGCUGCGGGAUCCGAGCUUGACCACUACGUACCUGAUCGUCGACGCGCUAGACGAGUGCGUCACUGACCUGCCAAAGCUGCUUGACUUUAUCGCAAAGCAGUCGUCUGCCUCUUCUCGCGUCAAGUGGAUCGUCUCUAGCCGUAGCUGGCCAGAGAUAGAGGGACGCCUAGAGCAGACAGGCCACAAGCUCAGGCUGAGCCUUGAGCUAAAUGCAGCAUCUGUGUCGAUGGCGGUCCAAGUCUUUAUCGAUCAAAGAGUCUCUGAGCUCGCGCAGCAGAACAAGUACGACGAGCGGACUAAGCGCGCUGUACUCGAGCAUCUAGCAUCAAAUGCGAACGACACCUUCCUCUGGGUGGCGCUGGUGUGUCAGCACCUUCGAGCGACGGCAAAGCGAAACGUUCUGAGGAAGCUAGAAUUGUUCCCGCCUGGACUGAACGCCCUGUACGAGCGGAUGAUGCAGCAAAUUAGCAAGAUAGACGAUGCCGAGCUCUGCAAGCAGGUGCUAGCUGCGGUCGCACUUGUGUAUCGGCCAAUCACGCUCGAGGAGCUGGUGACCCUUGUCGAACCGCUUGAAGACGUAGCCGACGACUCAGAAUUACAGGAGAUCAUUGGCCUUUGCGGCUCGUUCCUCACUCUACGAGGGCAGACCGUGUACUUCGUGCACCAGUCAGCCAAGGACUUUCUCCUUACCGAGGCAGCGCAAGACGUUUUCCCAGUCGGACUGGAGGCCGCCCAUCAGGCCAUCUUCGCUAGAUCACUUCAAAUCAUGUUCACGACCCUGCGACGGGACAUGUAUAGCCUUAAAGCGCUAGGCACACCUAUAAACGACGUUAAAAUGCCUAAGCCAGACCCGCUAGCAGCGUUGCGUUACUCGUGUGUUCACUGGGUUGACCAUCUGUGCGACUCGAGCCCUACAGCUUCCGCAACCUAUGCAGAAUGUCUGCGAGAUAGAGGCGUUGUAGAUAGAUUCCUAAGGGAAAAGUUUCUGUAUUGGCUGGAGUCUCUCAGCCUUUGCAAGAGUAUGUCGAAAGGCGUAGUCUCGAUGAAGGAGGUACAGAUUCCCCUUCAGGCAUAUGGAUCUGCGCUGUUGUUUAGUCCAAAGCAGAGUUUAGUGAGGAGACUGUUUCAGCACGAAGACCCAAAGGGUAUCAUACUUAAUCCAGGCAUGAGCAACGGGUGGAGCGCGUGCCUGCAGACGCUCGAGGGUCAUAGCGAGGUGGUCACCUCCGUGGCCUUCUCGCACGACUCGACGCGGCUAGCCUCAGCGUCAUGGGAUAGGACUAUCAAGAUAUGGGAUGCGAGCAGUGGUGCGUGUAUACAGACGCUUGAGGGCCAUAGCGAGGCAGUCGCCUCUGUGGCCUUCUCACAUGACUCGAUGCGGCUAGUCUCAGCGUCGUGGGACAGCACUAUCAGGAUAUGGGAUGCGAGCAGUGGCGCAUGUCUGCAGACGCUUGAGGGUCAUAAUAAUCGGGUCAGCUCCGUGGCCUUCUCACACGACUCGAUGCGGCUAGUCUCAGCGUCUAACGACAGCGCUGUUAAGAUAUGGGAUACGAACAGCGGUGCGUGCCUGAAGACGCUUAAGGACUAUAGCAGUGGUGUUAUCUCUGUGGCCUUCUCGCACGACUCGACCCGGCUGGCAUCUGCGUCUGAUAACACUGUUAAGAUCUGGGAUGCGAGCAGCGGCGCGUGCCUGCAGACGCUCGAGGGCUAUAGCGAGCGGGUUAGCUUAGUAGCGUUCUCGCACGACUUAACACGGCUAGUGUUAGCGUCGGGGGAUAACACUGUUAAGAUAUGGGAUGUGCGCAAUGAUAAGCACGUGCAGACGCCUAGAGGUUAUAGCAAUGAUGUUAAUUUAAUGACCUUCUCACAUGACUCGACACAGCUAGCAUCUGGGUUAAAGGACUGCACUAUUAAGAUCUGGGAUGCGAGCAGCGGUGCGUGCCUUUAG